AGUUUUUGUCUUCAAAGAUUUUAUGGGCAAAUCCACCAUUCAUUAAAAAAUGAUGAACUGUCAUCAUCAAAAAUAUUUUCCGAUUGAUAAGUUCUUCUUUUUUCUGGCUCACAGACUGAAAUAAGUUAAUACGAUAGCAUCACCCGUUGUUGAUUUUUUACAUAAUAAUUACUUGUACUAUACAUACAGUAUUCGGUUUUUUUUCUUCUUUUUUGGAGGAAUAUAUACAGUAUUCCUAGCUGUCUUUGAUUUUAGCCCAUUUUCUGAUCUCCAUUUCUCACUGUUAUAUGUGUUACUUAUAUAUAUGAUUCUCUUCUUCUCCACUUUGUUAUAUAUUUCUAAGAAAAAAUGAGUUCUCAAGAAAGUGGGAGAGAAAAGGAAACAAUAGAGUUAGAUGAAGCACGGCUACAAGGGCAAGCGGAGAUAUGGCGAUACAUGUUCAGCUUUGCAGAUUCUAUGGCGCUUAAGUCUGCCGUGGAGCUCCGCAUAGCUGACAUAAUACACUCUCAUGGUGUCGCCAUCACUCUAUCACAAAUAGCUUCAUGCAUUAAUGGCAGCCUUACUUCGCCGGACAUCACCACCCUUGCUCGCAUAAUGAGAUUACUCGUCCGUAGAAAGAUUUUCACUGUCCACCACCCUUCAGACGGUGGAGAUCCCUUGUACGAUCUGACUCACUCAUCGAGAUGGCUACUACAUGACUCGGAGCAAACAUUGGCGCCCAUGGUAUUGAUGGAGAACCAUCCAUGGCUAAUUGCUCCUUGGCACUGCUUUAGCCAAUGCGUUAAAGAAUGUGGCAUUGCCUUCAAGAAAGCUCAUGGGCGUGAGAUAUGGGAUUUGGCAUCAGGAAAUCCUGAAUUCAACAAGCUUUUUAAUGAUGGCUUGGCUUGUACAUCCAAGGUCGUCACCAGUGCGAUCCUAUCGGGUUACAAACAAGGGUUAAGCUCCAUUGAAUCAUUGGUUGAUGUCGGAGGUGGGAUUGGAGGUUUAAUAUCAGAGAUCGUCAAAGCAUAUCCACACAUCAAAGGUGUUAACUUCGAUUUACCGCAUGUUGUCUUGGCGGCACCAGCAUACAAUGGGAUCUUCCAUGUUGGCGGUGACAUGUUCCAUGCCAUUCCAAAUGCUAAUGCGGUGAUUAUGAAGUGGGUAUUGCAUGACUGGGGUGAUGAAGAUUGCAUAAAAAUAUUAAGGAAUUGCAGGAAAGCAAUUCCAAGAGGAAAUGGGAAAGUGAUAAUUGUUGAAGUUGUUGUGAAAGCAGAGGGGAGUGGAGUGUUCGAUGACCUGGGAUUCAUAUUCGACCUCCUAAUGAUUGCACACUCCAGCGGUGGAAAGGAGAGAACCGAGGUGGAAUGGAAGAAAAUCUUGGAAGAAGGAGGCUUCUCUCGCUACAAAAUCAUUGACAUUCCUGCAUUGCCUUCCAUCAUCGAGGCAUAUCCGGAUGAUCAGUAGCAGUAGCACCACUACAUGAUUCUUCUUGUUGUUUAGGAUAAUGCCUGCAAUGGGAACUUAAAUUUCUAUUUUAUGAAUCUACUUUUGCUUCAUGUUAUGUUCAUCGAUGAAGUAUUAUUUUUUAUAUAUAUUUUAGUAUAUGAUUUAAUAAUAAACUAAUUUAAUUGGCAAA